GAGAAGGCCCGCAUUGCCGAUCGCCUGCGGUUCUUGACUUCCGAGUACUCAAUCAGCAGUGCUCAGGCCCAGCAGCAGACAGGUGGCAGCGGUGGUCGCGGCAGCGGCGCUGCCGGCGAGAUGUCGUCGGUGUCCCCCAUCAACAGCCAUGGCCGCAACUCGAAUGUGCCCCCGUCGCAGCGUCUUGCUGAUACUGUCGCUUCGGUGCUAGCCCACUCGCAACCGAAACUACCCACCACGCUGCCACCCGCCUCCCAUCGCGCCUCGAACUCGGUAUCUCAGGACAUGCCGCCAGCCACGCUGGGAUACCCGUACAUGCAGCAGGGGAAUGGUGCUGCUGGCAACCCGUCCACAGCAGCAAUGAGCUUCCCGGCCGCGUCGCUGAUGAAUCCGAUGGGCGGUAGCGUGGUUCCUCCACCAGCUGGUUUUGGUGGCAUGGUUGCACCGACUGCCCAGCAACAAGAGAGCCUCCUAGCUGCCUAUUACCAGCAGCAGCAGCAGCAGCACCAGCAGCAGCGUCGUCGGCAAUACCGUUCUAUCCGUUUGGUGCUGCUCAGCAGCCGCAGCCACCUCAGCAGCAGUCGCAGCAAUCGUCCGCUGGCGACCAGUAGACUGCACAUAGGUGGUUUGCUGGUCCCCUCAAGUGAUGAAGUAUUUUAUCGUUGUGUUGAUACCCGCUUCGCUCACCAAAAUUUUUUUACGAGCGCCCUCUUAUUUUUUUCUUUCGCAGUAUUUUUUCCUUGCAAAUAUUUAUUCUCACAGGCUUCCUCAAUUCGCAGCAAUGACAUUGACAGGGACAGACGACAGCAUGACCCUGGAGCAGCUCGAAAGCAUUUGUAGAGCGGUACUCAACCAGCACUGCCAUCGUUGCUCAGGAGGACCCCCCUGCGGUGAGCACUGAGGACUUGGUGGCCCUGCUGUCGCAGGCAAUACAACAAAGCGAGCAGCAGCCAGCAACGAAGCGUGAGG